GCGUUCCAAGCUUUCGGAAAAUUAUGAAUUGUUUAAAGUUAGCUUGGGAGUGCAAGCUAAGCAGUUCUUCCAGCAUUCUACCCUUCAUGGAGUACAGUACAUUGCUGAGACGGAAAGGAAUUUUUUUGAAAGAUUCAUGUGGUUCACUUGCGUGACGGUGGGUACCAUAGCUACGAUUGUGGUUAUCAUGAACCUUUGGGAAAAAUUCCAAACAAACCCAACCAUCACUGGUCUUGAUACUGAUUUCCAUAACUGGGAUGUCCC